AUGCAUCGAUUGCAGGCGGAACAAUUUGCUUAUUUUCGCGAUCUGCUGGCAGAUACCUUCCGAAUGGUGGUGCACCUAUCACAGUGGUGUUGUACCGCACCGUUCCCGCUGGAACCAUACCAACGCAACGUAUUCCCGAGUUCACACGACCACUACCGGACUGUGCAAGCACUCAGGCGGCUCUUGUCGAUGCUACUCUUCGGUGUUGUGCUUACGGUGCCAUUGCUACUGCUCUACCUUUAUGAUGGGAAAGUUCACAUCAAAAUUCCAUUAUUCAUCAAGCUUAUGUUUUACCUGCAAGCUCUACUGCAAUCCGCAUCCUCGGGCUACGUGCUUUUAGUGUACCAGUGUCGAACUAGUUUCCAUCGCUUUUAUUUUGAUCGUCUGGUGUCUGUGUUGAUGGAGUUCGGACGGCCCGACAUUGAUAAACGUUUGUACGCGCUUCGAACGAAUGUACUCCGGUUGCUGCUUGCCGUGCUACUGCUGGUUAUACUCAUCCUCUCUGCACUCUUGUUUCGCGACCAUUCAUGGACCAAUCUGUUAAAGAUCGUGAUCUUCCUCAUUACUCAACUGAUGGCAACGGCGCUUACACUGCAAUAUGUAACGCUGUUCGGCGUCGUGGCCGUGCUGCUCCAACAAAUGAACGACACAUUACAAAUAAUGCUUGUUGAUGGUGAAACGGAAACUGAUACGCGGGUGGUCGCACCGGUACGCUUAACACGAGAUGAUGAGCAAACGAUCGAAAAGAUACGUCUUCUGCAGCAUCGGUUGCUUCAAAUAGUGUUGCGCACGAACGGUGGAGAGUUUGGUCGGCUGCUAAUCGUGAUCCUGCUGACAACAUUCAUAUUUCUCAACACGGAGCUGCUGCAGCUGUAUCAAGGGAUAAAGGCAGCUGCUUUCACAUUCGACGUAAUUGGUACCAAACUGACGAACUCUGCUCUGAAGUUUGCAAUGCUGGUUAUGUUCGCCUUCUCAAAUCGGCUAAUACAGCGCCAGAAUCAGCGUGGAUUAAAACUAAUCUACCAACUUCAUAGUUCGGGAAACACUCUGCGAUGUCACGACAUUACUAAUUCCUUCAUAACGCAGACAACAUUCUUUCUCCAAAAGGCACAUGUAGCGUACGGGAUGAUAACACUCGAUAUGACGCUGAUCUUGGGCAUUGCAGCUGGUUUGACGAAUAUUUUAGUAGUGCUCGUGCAGUUUUCUGAUGCAAAACCCUCCUGCAACUAA